GGCCCCGGGGCCGGCGGUGCCGGGGUCAUCGGGAUGAUGCGGACGCAGUGUCUGCUGGGGCUGCGCACGUUCGUGGCCUUCGCCGCCAAGCUCUGGAGCUUCUUCAUUUAUCUUUUGCGGAGGCAGAUCCGCACGGUAAUCCAGUACCAAACUGUUCGAUAUGACAUCCUUCCUUUAUCCCCUGUGUCCCGGAAUCGGCUAGGCCAAGUGAAAAAGAAGAUCCUGGUACUGGAUCUGGAUGAGACACUUAUUCACUCACACCAUGACGGGGUUCUGAGGCCCACAGUCCGGCCUGGAACACCUCCUGACUUCAUCCUCAAGGUGGUAAUAGACAAACAUCCUGUCCGGUUUUUUGUACAUAAGAGGCCUCAUGUGGAUUUCUUCUUAGAAGUGGUGAGCCAGUGGUACGAGCUAGUGGUGUUCACAGCGAGCAUGGAAAUUUACGGUUCUGCUGUGGCAGACAAACUGGACAACAGCAGAAGCAUCCUCAAGAGGAGGUACUAUAGACAGCACUGCACUUUGGAGUUGGGCAGCUACAUUAAGGACCUCUCUGUGGUCCACAGUGACCUCUCCAGCAUUGUGAUCCUGGAUAACUCCCCAGGGGCUUACAGGAGCCAUCCAGACAAUGCCAUCCCCAUCAAGUCCUGGUUCAGUGACCCCAGUGACACGGCUCUUCUCAACCUGCUCCCAAUGCUAGAUGCCCUCAGGUUCACCGCUGAUGUGCGUUCUGUGCUGAGUCGAAAUCUUCACCAACAUAGGCUCUGGUGACAGCUGCUCCCCCUCCACCUGAAUUGGGGUGGGGGGGAGAGGGAGGGUGAGCCCUUGGGAUGCCGUCUGAUCCCUUGUCCAAUGGUGAGGACUGCCUGGGCAGGGUCUGGCCCUCCCACCCUCUCUGCCCUGGGAGCCACACACUCCACCUGGAGUCUGGAUGGACACAUGGGCCAGACUCUGAAGCAGCCUCACUGUAACAUUGUGUUCCCACUCCCGGGAAAACCCAGACUGGGAUGCAGGCCGAGACCUGGGAAUGCAGAAACAGUGUCUGUGGUGGAGAGGCCGGACUGGCCAGAUUGAAAGGGACACACACAGAGACAGACGGGCGGUGAUCCUGGAGGCUCAAAGAGAAGCCAAACCAGCUUUGUUGUGAUUUGAUUUUUUAAAAACUCUUGUACAAAACUGA